GUAGAAAGAAAUAAAAGAAAGAGGAAAUGGGAACAUCACUUGUCACCAUCUUCAUCCCAACAACCUCUUCUAUCCUCUCUGCUCCUCCUCCCAAAUCUCGUCUAGGUGUAAUAAGGGCUACAGGGAACACAUAUGGGAGCAAUUUCAGGGUGACAACAUUUGGGGAAUCGCACGGAUUUGGAAUAGGGUGUGUCAUUGAUGGAUGCCCUCCUCGUCUUCCCCUCUCUCCCGCCGACAUUCAGCUUGACCUCAAUCGAAGGAAACCAGGACAAAAUCAAGUUACCACCCCUCGCCAAGAGCAAGACAUAUGCCAUAUAUCAUCUGGCAUUGUUGACGAUUUGACCACGGGAACUCCAAUCAAGAUUGAGAUUCGUAACGAAAAUCCCAGAAAACAAGACUACUGUGAAUUACGCAACGUGUAUAGACCUUCACAUGCAGAUGCGACCUACGAUUUCAAAUAUGGAGUGAGAUCUGUUGAGGGUGGCGGGAGAUCUUCAGCAAGAGAAACUAUAGGGAGGGUAGCUGCUGGAGCUGUUGCCAAGAAAAUUCUUAAAAAAGUUGCAGCAACUGAGAUUCUUGCUUAUACUUCUCAAGUUCACAAGGUACGGCUUCCUGAUGAUUUGGUUGAUCAUGAAGCCCUCACACUUUCUCAGAUAGAGAGCAAUGUAGUGAGGUGCCCAAGUCCUGAGUAUGCUGCAAAGAUGAUAGCUGCCAUUAAUGGUGUCCAAGAAGCAGGGAAUUCUGCUGGAGGCGUUGUUACCUGCAUUGUCAGGAAUGUCCCCAGGGGGCUUGGUUCUCCAGUAUUUGAUAAACUUGAAGCAGAGCUAGCAAAAGCUGUCAUGUCAAUACCAGCCUGUACUGGAGUUGAGUUUGGCAGCGGAUUUGCAGGAACGAUGAUGACUGGUAGUGAGCAUAAUGACGAGUUCUAUGUGGACGCAAAUGGCAGAAUCCGAACGCGAACCAAUAGAUCAGGCGGAAUACAGGGUGGAAUAUCAAAUGGAGAAAUCAUUAGCAUGAGAAUAGCCUUCAAGCCAACACCAACUAUCAAGACAAAACAGAUGACGGUGACGAGGGACAAGCAAGAGACGGAGCUUACAUUUCCUGGUAGCCAAGAGCCUUGUGUGGCUCCUCGAGCUAUUCCAGUGGUGGAAGCGAUGGUGGCAAUGGUGGUGGUGGAUCAAAUGAUGGCACAAUAUUCACAAUGCAUGCUCUUCCCUAUCAAGGACACUUUGCAAGAACCCUUUGGGGUUUUGCCCUUAUAAAGGGCAGGAGGCAUCAAGAUUAAUUCCACCAUGCACAAAGGCUAGCUAGCUAGUUCAAGAGUACCCUACCAUUAUCCUCUAUUCCAUUAUUUCCCCAAUGUGGGACGAAAAGGUUUGUGUAAUUCAGUACCCAUCCCUAUUCAAGUUGCAACAAUUCUUAAUUAUCAUAAUAUACUAGUAGUACUUUGCAUUUCUGAAAAAAAAAACCAUUUAAAGUAUUGUCAUCUAGAGAAGUGUUAGAAAAGUUAAAUAUACUCUCAAAAAAAUAUACUCUUCGUCC